CUGCUGGUGGCGGAGGUGCCCGCCGCGUGGUGAUGGAGUACCUUCGCUCAGUCAUGCGAGGCAGAAUCAUCUGCACCUCUGCAAAGAUGAAGAGGAUGGCGGCCGGCUCCGAGACGAAGGAGUCUCUGUCAGCUGGUUGGACAGCCCUGUCUCACAUCUCAGAGAUCAUCCAGCUGGAGGACGUCCCCUCCAUCCAGAUGGAGGUCGGAGUUUUGGUUCGCGAGUUUCCAGACGUCAGGAAGAAGCAUGUGUCGGCCAUUUUGAACAUCCGAGGGAUGACUCGCCAGGCGGAGCGUCAGGAGAUUCUCAACAUCGUCAAAGACAUCGAGAGCAGCGAUGGCGGUGGCAGUGGCAGCGGACUGGCCCGCCUGUCCCGGGAUCACGCCCUCUUCUCAGAGGUGCCGGUCACCUCUGAGGUUCACUGCCUGAACGUGGGCCUGAGCCGCAUCGCCCUCACCGCCUCGUCCUGCUUCAGCACGCUGCGGCCGCGACCCCGCAAGACCCGAACAUCUGUCCAGGAAAACCCUGAUGAUGUUCUCUGAAGAGGAAACUUUUGAGGGGUCUGAAUUGUUUUCUACUUUCAGCACAGUCACAACAAUUAUCAACUGAACCACUGUUGAUGGAAGCUUUCCAUCAGUCCAGCAAAAAUAUGUUUGUGUGUCUCGAUUCUCUCAAAGACAAAGAAAGUAGAAAUGAUAUAACGAUAGUUAAAAUGUCGAACGUAGACUUUGGGAAUAGUAUGAUAAGAAGUAUUCAAAUCAUUCUGACUCCUUGAUUUAAAACUGGCUGAGAGAGACAGUUAUCGUCUGAUGAAAGUAAUCUGUGCUUUUCCUGCUGAGAGGAAACACUCACAUAGGAAAACGAAAGGAAAAGACAGAAGUCCCUGGUGGACUGCGAUCAGUAAUGAUCAGAGGACAAAAACUGGACCCAAAAAAUCAGGUGCCUGAUGAUUAAAUAUUGAUCAGUAAGAGUUCCCUUUUGUCUCUUUGGGUUAAAAUGGCUAAUUGAUCUGUAAUCAGAAAAUACUCUAAAAUAUAAGGAUGCACUUUUAACCUUUGAAUUUAGGGUUACAUCUGCUGAAAACAAAAGCUUGUUUUUAUCAAGUCUUUGAUGGAAAGUCUUUUUUAUUAGAUUAGCACGUAACAUGUAGAACAUUGUAUGUGUUCUCAGACGAUUUUUGUUCAUGUGGGAUCUCUUCUUUCACAUUCGGCUUCUUCCCUGUUUGUUUUCAGAGCAACCUGCCCUGAUAUACUCCUGCAGGAAUUCUGGAUUUAAAUAGAUGAUCGAUGAGAGAAAUCCUCUGAAUUAAUGUAAUGUGCAUUUUUUAGACAAACAGAACAAGAGGGCUGAACCAAUAAGAUCAUUAGGACUGCUGUCACUUUACCGCCUGUGCAUACUGGAUCUAUUUUAACUAAUGUGGAACCCAGAAUCAGAUCCAGGAGCUCCAGACUGGACUUAAUCAGAAUCUGUUUCAUCUGCGCUUUGGAUGGAAAUGAAGGUGUUCUUUUUUUUGGGGGGGGAGGCAGAAUAUCUUGUUGGCGCUCUUAUGGAUGUGGAGUUGAAUUUAUAAUCACAGAAGAAACUCCAUGAGAGGCGUGAUUUAAUGGUUGCACACAAUAAAAAAUGUAAGAUUUAAUCAAAGGUACUAGACGAUCUGAGUCUCUAUAAUGCUGACGGUGUAUUUAAAGCAGUGAUUUCAGUGGGAGCUCUUUGGUGUGAUGAGGUUUAUUAUAUAUAUAUAUAUAUAUAUAUAUAUAUAUAUAUGUAGGAUACAGAGUUAAAUAGAGCUUUAUUAUUUCUCUUUGCUGGCUCGUACUGCUUAAUAUUUUCUGUUUGUUUAUGAAAAAAUGGGAACGCUCACUGUAUUCGAGAGACAGAACUGGAGAUUCAAAAACAUUUCUUUGUAUUUUUUUUCUGUUUUGACUUCCUCAUUCCCGAUCAAAUCUGUUUCUACAGAUGAUUCCUUCAUGCAAUCACUGGAUUCACUUUUCAUGGACAGUCACGAGGGAAAAUGUUGGCAUUGUUGGGAGUCUUACACCAAAAGAAACAUUGGAAUCGGCUAAAUUGUUAUUUUAAACAUUGGUAUCAGAAUCGGUCCUGAUUUUCACCAUCUGUGCAUCCCUAGUUUGUAAUUAACUCUUUUCAGCACUUCACUCUGAAAACAUGUUUCUAUUCUUUGCAUUAUUCUUUUCUGUUCUCAGUCUUGUAUGAAGGUGGAUGUAUGAGAUUAAUCUUUCUGUACAGAUCAGCUUUUAAUGACAAUAAAACAGAUCAGAUCACCGA